CACGAAUACGCGAGACUACGCUUUCUGGUAUUGUAAAGUUAAUUUUGUAAAGUACUAGCACAUAUGUGAAAUUUGCGUGCCACCCAAGGGGCGCAGAUGCGGUAGUCAUCCAGGAUUGGACGCUCACAUUUUGGAGAAGAAAGAAAUUAAUUGAUUACCACGACAUCAAAAAAUACAUAGUCUAAUAUACAUCCCAUUGUAAGCAGGGUUGAACAGAUAAGAUAAACCUAGACUCAGAUACCCUCCCGACACAUCAAUCAACUCAAAGGCACACAUCCAUUCCCAUCCCAAAUUGAAAAUUUCCGCUCGACUACUCUGAGCUCCGCGGCACAGCUAUCUUUUCCUGUCCGGCGGAUUCCAAUUCUGCAGCAGCCUUCAAUUCUAGUUCCCUUUGUUCCUGCUCAAAUUUCUCCUUCAUUGCCUUUGACCGCAUCACUUUCCACCGCAGAUUCCACCCGAAAACACCCAAUUCCUUUAUCCUAGCCGGUUUAUCGCCUAAGAGGUACUGGUCCAAGCCCCCCACCUUCUUAAUUGUUCUCAGCACGCGAUGCUGGACUUUGAGCUUUAAAGUCUUCCCUAGGGCUUCGCUAUAGAGUUCUUCGUGGCGAAUGUUGGGUUUCCAUGUCCGUCUUGUCUUUCCCUUAUUUCGGCCCUUGGAGAUUUUGUUUCCGAAUUGGAUUCUAGAGCCGCCGUAGAGACCUGUGUUUGAUUGUUUGUAGAAUCGGGCGGGGCCGUAGGGAUAUUCUGGAAUUGACUUGGGUGGGUUUGUAGCAACAUAUAGGGAGCGAGUUGGUGUCCAGAAGAGAUUGCGGAAUGCUUGGAGGAAGGAUGAAGGGCGGGAGGCGGAGAGAGCGAAUGGUUUGGUCGUGUGGAGAGACAUUGUCGCGACCAUGCUGUGCUAAAGCCCAAGCAUGGCAGUGGAGUGGGAGAACUGACUGGAUGUGCGGCUACACUCCCACGAACCGGAUAAGGUCUAGGAGGUCAACGGCUGUAGGCAAAGAGUAUUGCUAUGGGUGAGAUCGAUUGACAACGGUCUGUCGGCAUUGAAUAUUCAGGACUGAAUGAUGGUUGCUUUGGAGCGACUUUUGCAACUUUCGGCGCUAGGGUUCAUUCGGACUAGCGUCAUUCUACAGUUUUGUUUAGCUAAGCCAGACUAACUUAGUUAAUCGAUUGCUCCAGGCCGCAAAACCAUCCAGAAGCAAAUAGCGCGAGGAAGCUUCAAAUAACUGUCGUCUUUAUUUGCAACUCUGACCACGGACUAUCCACGACCCUUUUAAUUUUGUGAUUGCCAAUUAUUCUCAACCUUGUGAUUGCUCCUAACCAUCAGCUCAUCUGCGCUCAGCAGAGACCUCUACCACCAUGGUUCAGAUCAGUGAGGUCAAAGGAAAUUCGCGCGAGAACAGAACGGCAGCGCACACCCAUAUAAAAGGCUUAGGAUUACGGCCCGAUGGCACUGCUGAACCUACUAGUGCUGGUUUUGUUGGACAGGCUGCCGCGAGAGAGGCUUGUGGUGUAGUGGUCGAUAUGAUAAGAGCGAAGAAAAUAGCAGGGCGAGCAGUCCUGCUUGCGGGCGGGCCGGGAACCGGUAAAACCGCCCUGGCGCUGGCUGUGUCGCAAGAAUUGGGCACCAAAGUACCUUUUUGUCCCAUCGUGGGAAGUGAAGUUUUCUCAGCGGAGGUCAAGAAGACCGAAGCUCUCAUGGAGAACUUUCGAAGGGCAAUCGGACUACGGGUACGCGAGACAAAGGAGGUAUACGAAGGAGAAGUAACAGAACUUACUCCAGAGGAAGCAGAAAACCCAUUGGGAGGCUACGGAAGGACGAUAAGCCAUCUAAUAAUCGGACUCAAAUCUUACAGAGGGACGAAAAAGCUGCGACUCGACCCUAGCAUCUACGAAGCGAUCCAGAAAGAAAGAGUAGCGGUUGGCGACGUCAUAUACAUCGAAGCUAACACUGGCGCGUGCAAGCGUGUUGGACGAUCUGACGCCUAUGCCACCGAGUUUGAUCUAGAGGCUGAGGAAUACGUGCCUGUCCCGAAGGGCGACGUCCACAAGAAGAAGGAGAUCGUACAAGACGUCACGCUCCAUGACUUGGAUAUUGCCAAUGCCAGACCCCAAGGUGGGCAAGAUGUGAUGAGCAUGAUGGGUCAGCUCAUGAAACCCAAGAAGACGGAAAUCACAGACAAACUGCGUCAGGAAAUCAACAAGGUUGUAAACCGAUAUAUUGACCAAGGGGUUGCCGAAUUGGUUCCUGGCGUUUUAUUCAUCGAUGAAGUCCACAUGCUUGACAUAGAAUGCUUCACCUACCUGAACCGCGCCCUCGAAUCCUCCAUCUCACCCAUUGUAAUCCUAGCCUCGAACCGCGGCAACACCGUCGUACGCGGCACAGGCGACAUUGUCGCCGCCCACGGAAUCCCACCAGACCUCCUCGCCCGCCUCCUCAUAAUCCCCACCCACGCCUAUAACCCCGAAGAAAUAAAAACCAUCGUGCGCCUGCGGGCCAAGACAGAGGGCUUGACCAUUAGUGAGCCGGCGCUGGAAAGAGUCGCGGCGCACGGAAGUAAGGUGAGUUUGCGUUAUGCUUUGCAGCUGCUGACGCCGGCGAGCAUCCUGGCGCGGGUAAGUGGGAGGGCUAGCGGGAUUGAGGAAGCGGAUAUUGCGGAGUGUGAGGAUCUGUUUAUUGAUGCGAGGAGAAGUGCGGGGAUUGUUUCGGGUGGGGGUGCUGCUGGGUUUAUUUCGUGAUUUUUCGAUUUUAUUUUUUAUACUAAUAUGAUGUGAUGUGAUAUCUUAUUUGCUUUUCGAUGUUGUACCGACAAGUUUGUUUUAGCCUACAAUUCUUUUUAACUUGGACAAGGCUGAGAAUUUUCUCCCCUUUCUUUGUCCCAUAAUAAGUUCUUUUAUAUAUUUUAUUCCAUAAUUAUGCGAGGGUGGUGGGAAAGUAAAAGAAGGGAUUCUAGAUGGUCAAAAUAAAACAUAAUAAAUCUAAUACACGAAGACCAAGCCUUCUCAAGGAAAUUACUUCGGAA